AUGCAGCUGGUUUCCUCCACAUCCCAGCGGCGUGUCACAUUUCACCUACCAGAAGGCUCUCAGGAAAGCAGCAGUGAUGGCGGACUGGGAGACCAUGAUGCAGGCAAUCUUCCCAGCGCAUCCCAUGCUCUGCCCCUUGGUUAUCUUCAGGAGGAGUACUUUGAUCAUUCUGCACCCAACAACCGCACUGAAGGGGAUGGCAACUCUGAUCCUGAAUCCACUUUCAUUCCUGGACUAAAGAAAGCUGCAGAAAUAACUGUUCAACCAACUGUGGAAGAGGCCUCUGACAACUGCACUCAAGAAUGUCUCAUCUUGGGCCAUUCUGAUGCCUGCUGGAUGCCAGCUUCUCUGACCCACGCCAGCCCUUCACACGCACAGGCUUCUACUCUAUGCCACAGCCCACCUCUGACACCAGCCUCUGCUCGCCGCCGCAGCCCUCCAGUGACAGAGACCAUUGCUAUUUGCCAUAGCCCUCCAGUGACCCAGGUUAUGGCACUGUGCCAUAGCCCUCCACCAACACAGGUCUCUGCUCUCCAACACAGUCCUCCUCUAGUACAGGCUACUGCUCUUCCCCAUAGCCCUCCACCAGCACAGGUUGCUGUAAUCCACCACAGCCCUCCUCUGCCACAGGCCGCUGCCCACCAUCAGAGUCCUGCGCGGCCACCAAUGGGUUUGCAGCAAGGUUGGGGGCAAGAGGCUGGACCUGAAGGACUACUGUCUCUUGAUCACGGAGUGCAAGUUAGUACAAGAUCUCAGUUUUAUACUAUGUCUGAAAGAAUUCAUCUUAGUGAUGAUUCAGUUAAAAUCAUUUCUUUGAAAACCUUCACUCCAGGCCAAAAGGCUAGAGCCUCUAGGGAUGAUUCUCCCAUUAUGGAAGAACAUCCCUUGUAAAGCUACAAUGGCUAAUUUACAUUUUUCAACAGAAUGUAUACAAUCAAAAUGUAAGAUCCAAUUUCAAUGAAUAUUCCAAAUUGUUAGGUUUGUAAAUAGCUAUGUAAAUACACACAGAUACCAGAAUAGACUAUAGAGCUAGACCCUUAGUCAAAAGAUAAAAAUAAAUUUACAAUUUGUUUAAUUUAGAAUGUAUAUUUAAAAAAAUAAAUAGAAAAUUUCACACCUUUUGUACAGAAAGGCUUAUCAUGACAGAUACUAAUGUGUAAUAUAUAGUAUUUCUGAUGCACAGUAGAUUUUUUUCAUUUAUUUUUACCAAAAUGUGCAAUAUUACUGAUUUUUUUCCAUUCUGAUUUUUUGUAACCUAGUAGGUAACAAAUGGAAAACUAGAAAAUAUCUGAUUUUCCAAGAGUACCUUCAGUUUGUUUCAACUUUUGUUCAGAUAACAUUGGAUGGUAUAAAUAGGGUCGUAUUUUGUCUGUCUUUUUGUUUGAUAUUUGUUGUUAGUCUCCAGUUUUUUGUUAUUAGUGUUUUGUACAAAAAUGCACAGUAGUGAGUGUAAAUAUCUCUUAGAUUUUUGCCUCUGUCUUUUUUAUGUUUUCUACCUUUAUUUGAAGUAUAUAUUAUUGAUAUAAUUUGUAUAUACAUUUUCUGUAAAGAAUAUACAUAAACUGUACAGAUUCUGUCUAUAACCUAUUCUCUACUCUUUAGUAGAGUUCGAGACACUGAAGUGCAAUAUCUGUGCCCAAAUUAGGCAAAUACUUGCUAAAAGGGCCUCUUUCUAUAAAAAUUUGUCUUUGUAAUGUAGUGUAAAGUGCAUCAGAAACCAUAUUUUAUCUGCCAUUUUAAGCCUAUGUUCCAUUAUUAAUUAGGUCUUUCUCUUCUGGAAAGUCACAGCCUAGAAAAUCACAAGGAAAGUGAAUGCAUUUAGAGCAUGAUUCAUUUACUCCUAUGACUGGAAACUGCUAUUUUCUAAAGACUAUCAGGAAGAUUAAAAUGUUGUUAUGAUUGCUGAAUAGGCUGAUACCAAAAGAUGUUCAGUAAAAAAGUAAACAAAUUAAUAUAACUGUAGAUAAAACCACAUAAUAAACCUAUAUGACUAGGGGAUUUUUGCCAUUCUAGCUCGACUAACUGAAGACAACCACUGAUAACAAGAUCAGAGUCAGGAAGGAAGUUUUCAAGUAAUGGAAUUAUAAAUUUACAUCGAAGGUGUUAUAGUAUAGAAUUCUAAGGAGAUGUGCAGAGGGAGAAAUGAGAUUCAUGACUGCUUCUUGGGGUAGAUGAGAAAUACCCCAAUAACACACAAGAAAAGACACAACAAAAUAUCAUAUCUGAAAACAAAAUAUGUUCUAAGCAAAGAAUACAAUAGUAUUCCUAGGGAACAUUAGUUUCCUUCUGUUGUCUGUUUUUAAUUGCUUUUUCUUUUCUUUUUUUGUCCUUAUACCUGGCCAUGAUUGUCUAUGUGCACAUUUCACCAAUAUACAGAAACAGUACCAACUUAAUUUUCCUCCAUAGCAAAACCAAGAAAAUGUCUUGUUUCUGUAUUAUACUAAAUCGAGAGACAAAUGAUGUAUUAAUUGGGGUGGGGGGAGUGAAUAUUUCUUGUUAAUUAAAUUAGAUGUAGACAUUGUAAUGUGUAACUUGAAGAUAUGUAAUUUAUGGUUAAACUGUGUGUGUAAAUGUUGUAAUAUAAAGUGUGGUAAAUGUGUAAUUUCAUUGGUGAAGGUUUCCACUGAAUGUUGAGAAAGCUUCUCUUAGUGUGCCCAGCAGAUUACGUAGCGUUUUGAGAAUAUAUUGUUCCCACUAUGAAACUCUUUAAAUUAUAUUUGAUUUGGUAUGUAGAAAACUUAUUCACUUUUAACUACAAGAGUUUAAUUAGUGAAAUUUCAAAUUAAUUAGUAUUAUUAAUAUUUUCUCCAUUGUGUUUGUUAAUAUUCAAAGGGAUUUGGAGCAUACUGGUAGUCCAGGUGCAUGUGAAUCUUGAAAGACUGAUGAUGAUUGAAAGAUUAUUGAAAUAUGACCAUGUGUAGGUGUUGAUAUUGUUGUUGAUAUUGUUGACAAUGAAGAUUUAAACCUGGGGAAGAUAAAGAAACCCAGAAUGACAAAAUCAGAGCUUCCAGUAGAAUUUAGGCUGUUUUUUCUCUGAAAAAUCUCCAAGAUAAUGUAUGAGAAUAUCUUCUUCUAUUUUAGUUAUUUUCACAUUUUCUUAUUUCCACAUUUUAGUUAUGGUCUACACACACAAAAUUAAAUAAAUAAAAAGAAAAAAAAAGGGAACCUGAAAAAAUUAAAUAAUAUGUUAGGGAUAUGAUUGAUUAUUAUGUUGAUAAAAAUCAGAAUAGGAACGAAAAUUAGAUAUUUAGGAAUUUUUUCUUGUAGUGUGAUUUAUUGAAUUUUAAGUGUGGCUCUUAAAUCCUCCUAUGUAAAAAUUGGCAAUAUUUUGCUACCUUUCCUAGAGAUAUAGGAAUGAACAAAUAUGCUUUUAUUGCCCUUUCUAACUCUGAUUAUAUAGUCAGGCUUAGACUGUGUUAAUAAUAUGAAAAGACUGGGCAUCCUCUUCUGGUUCUGUGCCAGAGGGGCAGUGAACGGAAGCAGGGGGCAAGUAGCCAAAGAGGCAAGGGGAGUGAGCCCAGUUAUCUCCCCUAUGCAUUCUCUUUCAAAGCUUCCACAGGUCUGGCCUUGGCAACCUAUAACUUCUAAGGCUUCAGAUCUGAUGAGAUCUUUCUCAUUGUAUUGCAAAUUCUUUCUUUGAAUGGAUAGACAGAGCUAUAGAUUGACAAAGCUCAAAGGUGGCUCUUAUGAUGUGCAAAAAUUUAGUCCUAGAAGUACAAAAAGUAUUGUCUUACCAUCAAUUGAAACUAAUUCCCUUGAAAAAAAGAAAUAGAUUUGAUUUAGUUUGAAAUUAAAACUUCAAAUUGAAUGGCAAGUAUGAUAAUAUGUUCAGUGAGACUGGUUAUUCAAUUUUUGUGGCUGUAUUCAGUUACAUGUGGUUAAUAAGUCACUAGCUAUAGCAUUAAUAUAUCACAUUUAUAAGUAUGUAUUCAAUCACUGUGUAUCUUAUAUGCUAAGUGCUUACACAUUUUUUCUUGAAUCUUAUCUUCAAGUUUUAGCUAAUACUGUGUGGCUGUAUUAAAAUCAAACUUACAUAUGAUACAGACAGUGUAAUAAAUUUAGAGAGUAUAUUUUGUGUAGUCUCAUUUAGCUAUUUAACAUUUUGUUUCUGGUAAUGUAAACUCGGUUAGCAAAAAUGGCUGUUAAAAAAUUAGUGCUAUUGUGUAUUGGUGACAGUUAUGAAGAGCCUCUGCCUUCCCAAACUAAUAUUUGUCACACACUUUCAUUAAAAUGGGUAAAAGUAGACUGAAAAAAAUCACAAAUUGUGCAGUCUUUCCUUAUAAUGAAGUCGUGUCACACACACACACACACACACACACACACACACACACACACACUCCUGUUUAGUCAUGGAAAAUUUAAGAAAAUUUGACCCACAUGUAUCUGUCAAAAUUAGUUUUUUGUUGUUUACAUUAAGACUGAAUGUGCAUAUAUCUCUUAAUAUACAUUUAUUUAUGAACAUCUAGUUGGUUGUUUAGACUUUUUUUAUAUUCUUUUGAUUCAUAUUUCCCAGUAUGGUGAUCAUUUCUGUUUUUCUUCUUUCAUAUUUGUUUCAAACCAAAUUUGUAGUUAUGUUUAGAAAAAGUUUUUAUCACAUUCAUUACACACUGUUUUGGCGGUUUCCAAUUGGCACAAAUGCCCUGGAAAAUGUGGGAGCAAGAGAAGCUGAACUAUAUUUGAAAAAAACCUUUUUACAUUAUGUGCCAAUUACCACACCAGAGCAAUUUCAUACAGAGGCCUUAAAAUAUUCAUUCAUAGUAGCGUUUGUACAUUAACAAUCCAAGUGUUUUCAGUAAGCGUGAUUUUUAAAAUCAGUGCAAGUUGACAACAGCUGACAGUUGACAAUAGUAAUGAAAAGGCUACUCAGAAAAAUGUGUGUGCACAAAUGAAAAAAAAAUACGAAGGCAAUUGUUUCGUGACUGUAUGUGAUAUUUUUAGAAAUAAAAUCUGUGAAAUUUAUUCUAUCUCUGUUUAAAAUACUUGGAAUUUUAUGAAAUAUAGAUUUAUGUUUGUAUUUGGAGAAGAUUCCUCCUCUGUGACAUCAUACAGUAUCUGAAAGUGAACAGUAUCCCAAAGCAGCUCUAGCUAUGCUUUGGAAGUGAGAAGGUUGGAUAUUGUAUGACCCAGGAUGGCAGUAUGUAGUCCAGUGGCAAAUGUGUAUUAAUUGUUCUAUUCCAGGUUCUG